UUUAUCUGCGGUUUUAUGUAUUUUUUUAAUUGUUGUUGAAAAUUAAAACGAGUUCGCGAGCUUUUGUUUGGUUUUCACUUUAUGUUUGUGUUUGCACGAAAUAGUUUGGUUGUUUAGCGGAGAUGUCUCUUAAAAUAUCGUGUCUAUUACCCUUAUUUUUUAUAGGAAUAAAUUGUUAUAAGCAGAAUACUCUUGAGCCAAUAGUAACUAUUAGAGAUGGUAAACUUAGAGGGGUAGUAGGCAAGAACUAUGAUGGAGAGAAUAUUUAUAAAUUCCUUGGGGUUCCUUAUGCCAAACCCCCUGUGAAUGACUUAAGGUUUAAGGAUCCACAGCAUCCAGACCCAUGGCAAGGUACCAAAGACGCAACCAAACCCGGAGAAACCUGCUACUCCAGAAGCGAUAUUUCCCCGGAAAUCGUCGGUUCCGAAGACUGCCUUUAUCUCAACGUUUAUAUCAGAAAUCUUCCGAAGCCGAAUUCCCCAUUAAAACCCGUGAUGGUAUGGAUGUACGGCGGUGGACUAACUUUAGGCACCAGCAGACCUGGAGUGUACGGUCCAGAGUUUCUCUUAACCAAAGAUAUCAUCCUGGUGUCCUUCAAUUAUAGGUUAGGGGUCUUAGGUUUCCUAAGCAUCUCCGACCCGAAACUAGGCGUCCCGGGCAACUUGGGCCUAAAAGACCAAAAUUUCGCCCUAAAAUGGGUUCGAAACAACAUCAAAUCCUUCGGGGGUAAUCCAGAUGACGUGACGAUAUUUGGCAACAGCGCCGGCAGUUCGUCGGUACACGCGCAUAUUUUAUCUCCCGCUUCCCGGGGGUUGUUCCAUAAGGCGGUGUUGCAAAGUGGUACCGCCUUGAACUCGUGGUUCUGGGGAUCCAAGGAUAAUGUGGUCGAAAUUGCUGAAAAAGCUGGAAGGAACGUUAGUGGUCAACGGGAGGCUUUGGAGGUACUGAAGAAGCUUAAAGUCGAGGAGCUGUUUGCCGCACAGGAGAAAGUUAAGGAUUCACCAUAUCCUUCGGAUAGAAGACCGUUCUCAGCGGUGCAAGAGUACCCGAACCCCUCGGGAUUCCUCACUGAAAGUCCCGUGGAAAUAAUCAAAAAAUCCAGUUACAAUCACGUGCCGAUAAUGAUGGGUUACACGAUGAACGAGGGGAUGCUCCUGGACUUUGACGUGGAUUUCGCCAAAAAAAACGGCAUCGAAUAUCCGCCUUUUGUGUUUCAGCGAUUGGUACCGAUCGACCUCAAUGUCUCUAUAGACACGCCGGAUAAUUUGAGGAUCCUCAACGUCCUCAAGCGACUUUACGAGGAUAAGGUGGACAGUAAGGGGCUGGAGCGUUAUGAUCCGAUGACUGAUAGUUACAUGCUGGUGGGGAUAGUGGAGACCAUCAGGCAACAUUUAGAGAAUUUGCGUCGGCCGAUUUACGUUUAUAGGAUGUCCCUAGCAGGAGAGUUGAACUUUUUGAAGCGGUUGUUAAAUAGGACUCAGGAGCCAGGUGUAUGCCACGGAGACGAACUAGGCUACCUCUUCGACAGCGAAGUAAGAGUCCAAAUCCAACCUGGAAGUAUCGAAGACAAAUCGAUCAGAAACUUCGUGAACCUCUGGACCAACUUCGCGAUCCACGGAAAUCCUGUGGAAAAUAUGCCGGGAGUAACCUGGAAACCGGUGGAAAAUAGUGGGAACAUUAAAGUCCUGGAUAUUGGUGAGGAACUGAAGUUUCUGGAGAUGCCCGAGAAGGAUCGGAUGGAUGUUUGGCAACGAGAGAUCCUCAAUCGGUGGCCUUUAGUAAGGUUUUAUAGUGAACUUACACCUGUGGCAGUAAAAAUGGCUCAAGUUGGCACCAAAAGCGGCCUCCUUAAAGGGAUUAUAGGAAAAAACCUGGAUGGACAAGAGUUUUUCAAAUUUUUGGGAGUACCUUACGCUGAACCCCCUGUAGGACCCUUAAGGUUCCAGCCUCCGGUUCCUAUAAAACCCUGGAAAGGCAUAAGGGAGGCAACCGAUCCAGGGAACCAAUCCAUAGCCAUGGACGAUUCUACGUAUGAAAUCACCGGAUCAGAGGACUGUCUUUAUUUAAAUAUUUACACCAAGGAACUUCCAAGUAAAUCCUCUAAACCCAAGCCAGUGCUAUUCUACAUCCAUGGGGGUGGUUUCAUUUGGGGUUGCGGCAAAUCGACUGUAUACGGUCCAGAACAUUUAAUGAUCAAAGACAUCGUGUUGGUGGUUAUCAAUUAUAGGUUAGGGGCCUUAGGUUUCCUUAGUAGCGACGGCAUCUACGGCAACAUGGGACUAAAAGACACCCUGGAGGCACUCAGAUGGGUCAACGACAACAUUGCCGCAUUCAAUGGGGAUCCCAACAAUAUUACAUUGGUUGGUAAUAGUGCCGGGGCCGUUACUGUACAGUCCCACAUCCUGUCUAAGGCAUCCAGAGGGUUGUUCCAUAAGGCUGUACUACAGAGCGGCUCGAUAUUGAACCCUUGGGCCAUGGGGCUGAAGAACGUUGCCAGGGAAAUGGUGAAACAUAUGGGAAAAAAUGUGGAAACUGAACGGGAAGCUGUUGAAAUUUUAAUGAAGCUUUCUGGGGUGGAGAUAUUUCGUUUACAAGAGAAAUUGGUGGAUAGUUUCUAUGCUUACUUGCCACGCCCUUUUGCUGUUGUAAUAGAAGAGCCCAAUGACUCAGCUUUUAUCACGGAACAUCCGAGGAAAACGAUGGCCCAAGGGGAUUAUGCUCGUGUGCCAAUGAUGAUGGGUUAUACCGAUAAGGAAGGGUGGUUUAUGGAUCUUACCCCCAAGUAUAACUGUUUUAUGCCGCCCUAUGAUAUUGAGAAUGUUAUACCGGUGGACCUGGAGGCACCUAAAGGCAGUGAGAAGAGUCAAAAAAUUAGUAAGGAGCUACUGAAGUUGUACGGGGGAACCGGUGAGGAGGCCAGAUAUGAUCAACUCUCGGAUAGCGUCUUCCUGGCUGGAAUAACCGAAAAUCUACGAUAUUUCUUAAAAUUUGCCAAGGACCCUAUUUACUUCUACAGGAUAUCGGUUUCGACCCAAUUGAACGCCCUUAAAGCUAUCCUGAAUAGGUGGCACCUGCCAGGUGCGUGUCAUGCGGACGAAAAAGGCUACCUAUUCAAAACCGCUGCGACUCCUCCAAUUCAUCCUGGAUCCGACGAAGACAAAUAUUUGCGAUUGUUCGUCGAACUAUGGACAAACUUCGUGACUUACGGCGAUCCCACUCCAGAAACUCGAUUCGGGUUUAAAUGGACCCCGGUCCAGAAUGAGGACGAGUUAAAACUUCUGGAUAUCGGGCAGGAAAUUGUCAUGAAAAGAAGCCCGGAGACUGAGAGGAUCGAGGGAUGGAAACGGAUCUAUAGGGAGUAUUUGCCGAGGGAGUGAUGUUGUUUGUGCGAAAAAAAAGUUUUUUAAGUGAUUGUGUUUUGGACGGGUGUGUUUUAAUUAGGAAGUUUUAUGGAUUUUAUGUUACUAUUUAAAUGUGGUGAAAAUUAUGUUUGUUCUUAAAUAGUUUAUUUGAAUAUAAUUAUUUGUUGGAUUGAAAAA